CUCCCCCAAAAGUGAUGGCUUGACCUGGCAGGAGCUCCACACCUGAGUAUCUGGGAGACACAGGCACCAGGGGCUCCAUCAGCAGGGAACGGGCUUGUCUUAUGGACGAUGGAGCUGCAGGACUGUGAACCAGGGGAAGAGGGGCCCGAUACCCGCUCCACCCCUACAGACAACAGCCACGCCUAUGAGCCACACGCACUCCACACCUCAGAUUCUGAUGCUUCAAGACUGGGGCUCAUAAACACUUCAAGAAAAUACGUGAAGCUGAUGAACUUCCAGGAGGAGGUUCAGGCCCAGCGGGACCUGAACAGCUUACUGGCGCGGGCCAGCAUCCUGCUGGACGAGAAGGCCGCUUCCUUGGAUGAGGUGCUUCGACAUAUGCUAGGGCGCAUGGCCCGUGAUAGCCAGGGCAGCGGGGAGCAGGAGGAGGUCGCCAGCGUCCUGUUUACUGAUGCAGGGGGGCCGGGAGGCAGUGUCCACCUGCUGACCGAAACCAUUCAAGGUGUGACGGCCACGGCCACUGGGGUGCGCUACCAGCAGUCCUGGCUGUGUGUGCUGUGCAAGGCGAAGAACCUGCAGCAACGCUGCAUCUGCAUCGCCAGGUUGCAACGGCCGCAGAACUGGGGCAUGAGUUGCUGCGACGUACGCUUCGUCAUCCUCAUGCUGGUGCCGGCUCAGACGAGAAGCGCGGAGACGGACACGGAGCUCGGACGCGCGUUCGCCACCUUGUUCUCUGGCAUCUCCCUCAGGCAGAAGCUCUCAGAGGCGAAGACCCAGGAGGAGUUCAAACAGGAGCUGGUGCUCCAGGGACAGCGGCUGUCCUCUGCGGUCCCCAGGUCCUCUGUGGAGGGCCAGACGUGUGGACACGGUCCGCUCCAGGCGAUAGAUUUUCUGCGACCCGGUCAUGGGAUUUAUGACGACCUCAGCCGUAGGCUUCCUGUUUACCUCUCUGACUUCACCGACGGAAUGUAUGGCAGGAGCAGGUGUCUGCUGAAAUGUACCACGACGGCCAUCUUCCUCUACGUCACCAUCCUGCUGCCGGCGGUGGCCUUAGGCUCGCUCAACGCCGAGAGCACGCGAGGAGGCAUAGAUGUCCAGAAAACCAUUGUAGGCCAGAGUAUCGGAGGCUUGAUUUAUGCUUUGCUUGCAGGCUGUCCUCUAGUCAUCCCUGUGACCACUGCACCACUUGCCAUCUUCAUCAGCGUUAUAAGAGCUAUCUGUGAUGAUUACCACCUGGAUUUCCCUGCCUUCUAUGCCUGCGUUGGUCUGUGGAACAGCCUGUUUCUUAUACUGGGAGGAAUCUUCAAUCUCAGUUUAUUCAUGAAACGUAUCAAGCGCUCCACACAGGAGGUCAUAGCUUUGUUCAUCUCGAUUGCUUUUGUGGGGGAGGCAGUGAAAGACACAAUCAAAAUCUUCCAUAAGCACUACCAUGGCCCAGCGCUGGUGAACGGCAGUGCUAAGGAUGUGCAUCGCUUGGCUGACAGGCUGCAGGCAGUCCCCAUGCCUACAGUACUCAUGCCGUGCACCAGGGAGUGCCCUAUCCUCUCCCUGCUGCUCAUGCUGGGAACCCUGUGGCUCGGCUACACCCUGUUCCUCAUCAGGAGGAGUCCGUUCUUCCAUGCACGGGUCAGGGAGGUGGUGUCGGACUGCGCGCUGCCCAUCUCUGUAGUUGUCUUCUCCUUCGUGGGCUCCUACCUUUUCAGAGACAUCGAGCUUCCAGUUUUCAACUACCACAGUGACCCUGCGUUCAACGUAGCACCUUUUGCCAAGCUAACGGGUACGAGCGCUCUGAGCGCGGCUAGCCUCGGUUUCCUUCUCGCUUUGCUCAUUUUCAUCGAGCAGAAUAUAGUGGUCUCCCUUACCAACAUCCCCGAAAACAGAUUGCUGAAAGGAACUGCAUAUCACUGGGACCUCAUGCUCUCUGGAUUUAUCAACAUUUUCAUGUCAGUGCUGGGGUUGCCAUGGAUGCAUGCGGCUUUUCCUCACUCCACGCUCCACGUCCGUCAGCUGGCUAACGUUGAGCAGCGUGUGGAGCAGGGCUACCUCUACGAGGAAUGUUCUGGUUCUCUGGAAACUCUGUGUACUUUACUAAAAUUUUGA